AUCCUAGUAUUGUAAUUGAUUCUUUUCGGAGUCAGCGACUCAGCGGAGAGGAGACGGAGAGGAGAGAGAGAGAGAGAGGGGAACGGGAUUUGUUCGAUCGCUCGCUCGAUUCGUAGUUCUUCGUGUUGAGGGGAAUUGAGAGAAUGCCUACCACGAGAUUCAAGAAUGGGAAUAAGGUGGAGGUUUGGAACAGGAGGGAGGUUCCCUCCGGCUCUUGGUGGAGUGCGGAAAUCAUAUCUGGUAAUGGGCACACAUAUUCAGUGAGGUAUGAUGGGUAUCCGAUGGACAGCAGUGUAGCAGUGGACAGAGUGCCAAGAAAAGCCAUUAGACCGCGCCCUCCUCCCUUAGGGGACCAGAAUGAGCUGCAGAUUGGUGAUGUUGUCGAGGUGUUUGACAAUAACUCAUGGAAGAUUGCUGAAGUCCGGAUGAUUAUUGGUAAUGGUUACUGUUCUAUGAGGCUUCUUGGAUCUUCUAGGAAAUUUCCAUGCCACAAAUCUCGCAUAAGGAGACAGCUAUCUUGGCAAGGCAACAAGUGGAUGGUGAUUCAUAAGGAUUUUGGAGAAGAAAGUGAUGGACAACUAAGCAGCUCAAUGAGAGGAGGGACGCCCAUUUGCCAUGUGCCUCAGUCAUGUGAGAAGAUGAAGACUUCUUUUGGAGAUAACCAUUUUCCGGCAGUUUUCUCAGGCAGCAUAAAGAAAAGACCACUUGAUAUGCAUAUUCAUGCUGACAUGUGCAAUGCUGGAAGAAAAAAGAUGCGAGCAAUCAUGAAAGAUGGCAUUUUCCAGCAAGAAACUACUGAAAACUCAUCAAAGUGUGCACUGAAGAUGGACUUUCUUGCUUCAAGUGGAAGAUUGCUUGGUGAAAAAUAUACACAUUGUUACUUAAAUAAGAGAGUUAGUCCAUCCAGAAAUGAAUCAGGAAGGAGUAUGCUACAUUCAGAUAAGGAAAAGAAUCUUUUGAAUAGUUCUGUACUUAAUGCUGCUGAAAGCACUUCAUCCUCUGUGGGUAGUUGUAGUGUCAGCGGUCAUGAAGAAUGCUAUAGCCAAUCUGAUCAUGCAGAAACUUCCAGUGGUUUUGAAACAGACUCAUCUUUUUCUAGGAAAGGGCCAAAGAUGGAGGCUUCUAAACUUUGCUUCCAUAGGCCUGUGAUGAUGGUGGAAUUGCCACUUUGCUCUUCCAUCAGUGGGGCAAGAUAUCCUUAUCCAUAUGGGUUAUGCUUUUACACUGCUGGUGAUGCAUCUAGUCUGGCCUAUUCGUGCCUACAUGUCAUAAAAAUGGAGUGAAUUCAUCUAUGCAUGAUGCAUUGAAUAUAUCGGAUAGCUAUGACUAUAACAAGAGCAAGACGGUCACAGCAACAAAUCAGAUCAUGAGCGUCAACUGAAACAUACUAGUGCUCCAACAACUAGUGGCAAAAAGGCGAUAUCGCUCGCCCCUAGUGCUCCAACAACUAGCUACCACAGGGAGUGUUCGAUUACUGCAACUACGAACCAGUUACUUGAGCUUUGUUGCAUCAGUUAAAGUGGAUAUGACUGAAAUUCACUGUGGCAUUUCUGCCACUUUUUGUUUUUGAAGAAACAGCAAAUCUGCAAGAUCUCAACUUCAUUGCUGAUUUAUUUGAUACUGGGUUGAUCAGCCUUGCAAGACAUGCAUAGUAAACUAAAGCUUAUUUAUCAAUUCAUUUAAUUUAGCAAGGCACAUGCAAAAUAUAUAAAUGUAUUGUAUUCAGAAAUGCUGAUGAUCGACUUGUAUUUGAAAAGGUGUUCUUGUUGCCACUUUUGUGGUACAACUGGUUACACUGUUUCUGCUCCUUGUACAAAUGUAUCUAAUGCUGGCUUUUCAGUUGACUCUCAAUGCUAUUAUUUAACUCGAAUAAAUUAAGAAAAGUUAUAGAAUUCUGGCAUAAACGAAUUUUAGAUGCUGAUCCUGGUUUAGAUACUAGUGCUGGACAUUAUAUUAAAUCAAGAAAUAACUGUGGGUAUAAUAUGUUGAAUCUGCUGUAGCCCUGGAUCCUUAUUUUCUUACCUCGAACUGUUAACGGUUGCAGACGCAAGUACAGAUUAAAUUUAUUGUCAUCAUGCCAAAGCUCUCCUGGAGAUUGCACAAUGUACUAAUUGCUGGAGCAUGUUGCAGUGGUUUUAAUCAACUUUCCUACUAAUUAAAUGGGUUGUUCAUGAAUUAGAAUGGCUAGUGACGUGUACAAAAAGUGGUAAAUAUAAUGGCU